AAGUUUAGCUGCUGCUAACAGAAAACAGAGUGACAUCAUAUUGCUAUUCUGAGAAUAUUCGUGUUCUAAUCGUUCUAUUAGUGAAUAUAAGUUACAAUUUCUCGUUUACCGGCGCAAUGAGUUCUACUCUAAGCUAUUAUGUUGUCGGAGAUGCUAUCUGCGAUGAGAUCCUGGGUUUACUGGAGAAAUAUGGCAAUGAAACAUUGCAAAAGCAGAGCCACUUUCGUGUCGGACUUUCAGGCGGAUCUCUGGCUGAUAUUGUAGCGGAAGGGCUAUAUGACCUAAGAACUGACUUCAGUAAGUGGCAGAUUUUUCUUUGCGAUGAACGUAUCGUACCGGUGGAUAGCAAGGAUUCAACCUACGGAAUCUUUAAACGUGACCUUUUGGAUAGACGCAGUGAAGUUCCGAAAUCAUCUUUUUACCCUGUUAAUACUGCAUUGAGCGCAACCGAAGCCGCUGUAGAUUAUGAGAAAACAAUUCGGAAGGCUUUUAACUUGGAAAACAGUAAGGAAAUUCCAUCGUUUGACAUGCUGCUUCUUGGCAUCGGUCCCGAUGGGCAUACGGCUUCGCUGUUCCCGGGUCAUCCACUGCUGGAAGAAAAAACCAAACUGAUUGCUCCUAUCGAAAACUCUCCGAAGCCUCCACCGAAUAGAGUGACCAUGACAUACGCGCUUAUUAACAACGCUAAAGUGUGUAUGUUUGGUGCCCAGGGUAAAUCUAAGGCGGAGAUAUUAAAGAGAAUUCUCGUGGACAAGGACCAGUCACUACCGGUGACCCGUGUUGAUCCCGUCAACGGACAUCUGAUUUUCGUGGCCUGUGACGAAGCAGCCUCACUGGUCGAUAUCGAUCCUACCCGCGAGAAGGAUGACGAUUAGUUGUUCGGUUGGGGAGAAUUCAGAGUCGCUGUUCGCUGUACGGUGUAUCACAAAGUGCAUUUCACCUUAACAACGCUGGGUGCCUUCAUUUUAUGAAAGUGAUUUGGUGACAAGUUUUACAUGUGAAUAUUUUGAUAUUAUUUUAAAUCUCAGACGCCCGACUAAUCCGGGUAGUAUUUUGUUUGGCAAAAAUGCAUUUGGUUAAGGUCACGAUUGAUAAAUUUAAAAGCUUAGCUAUGCUUGUUGAAAUUUGUUUAAAUUGAGUUUGUUUUUGUUUUUCAUUUGGCUUGAUUUAGAUCGAUAAUUGGUUGCAGAGGCAAGCAAGCCGAAAGUUCACAAUUUUAUAUUUACAAAUAUUUUAUCAAUAAAAUCAAAUAA